UGUGAGAAUUUUUUUUGAGACAACAGAACUUUAAAGAUAUGCUUUUAUAUUAACUGAAGAUAUUCACAGUUGAAAUUGCCAAAGUCUACUUAAUACUGUAUCUUCUUAACUUAAAUCCCCAGGAUACUUGGAUCUCAGUGAAAAUUUGAUUGUUGAAGAAUAAUUGAAACAUUCAACUCAUAUGGCACUCUCUGCGUACCUUGAAUUUAAGACAAAAUAAUCUAUAGACUCCAAAAAAUAUUAUUUGCUCUAGGAAAACCUGACCUUAAUCUUGGUGAGUGUAUAUACUUGGCUCUUUACCUAACACUUACCAGUGGCCAGAAAAGGUAGAAGACUCGAAUUUUUCCAACACUAAAUUAUACAAUUUAACCCACAAUGCUUCUCAGACACUAAGCAUAGUAGAUGUUAGCAAUAAAAUUUUUUAUUUUGCCACAACUUAAACAACUUGACCUUUUCAGGUAGGUGUUGAAGACACUACCAGAUACUUCCUUUUUCUUUGAAAGUAAGCAGGAAAAUAACACUUUCUCUAAGGAGCAACUUGAUUCUUUUCAAAGACUGACGACUUUGAAAGCUGGCGGCAACAAUUUCAUUUGCUCCUGUGAAUUCCUGUCUUUCACGCGGGAGCAGCAAGCACUGGCCCAGAUCCUGACCGACUGGCCACACAAUUACCUGUGUGACUCUCCAUUCUAUGUGCGGGGCCAGCGGGUUCAGGACACCCAUCUCCCAGCUUCUGAAUGCCACAGGGCAGCUCUGGUGUCUGUCGUGUGCUGUGUCCUUUUCUUGUUGAUCCUGCUCACGGGGGUUCUGUGCCACCGUUUCCACGGGCUGUGGUACCUGAAAAUGAUGUGGGCUUGGCUCCAGGCCAAAAGGAAGCCCAGGAAAGCUCCCCAACGGGACCUCUGUUAUGACGCCUUUGUGUCUUACAGCGAGCGGGAUUCCCACUGGGUGGAGAACCUUAUGGUCCAGGAGCUGGAGCACUUCGACCCUCCCUUCAAGUUGUGUCUUCACAAGCGGGACUUCAUUCCCGGCAAAUGGAUUAUCGACAACAUCAUCGACUCCAUCGAGAAGAGCCACAAAACCAUCUUUGUGCUUUCUGAAAACUUUGUGAAGAGUGAGUGGUGCAAGUACGAGCUGGACUUCUCCCACUUCCGUCUGUUUGAUGAGAACAACGAUGCUGUCAUUCUCAUUCUUCUGGAGCCCACUGAGAAAAAGGCCAUUUCCAGCAGGAAGUGUUUGGGUUGAAGAAUAAUGGUAGUUUUUAAAAUGGAAAUAUAUACAGAAUGA